UUCCAUAAUUCUCUCCCCACUGCUGCUCUUGGGGAUGCCUCACUCCAAUCUUGAAGAGAAGAUUUCCUUUAGAGAAACUAAUAUUACCCCUACCCAUCUCUUUUAAAGUCCAGAAGGAAGGGAAUCCGUGGGACUAGGAGAUCCAAAUAUUGUAGCAUUGGGGCUUGGAGGACAGGAUAAUCAGGAUAAUAUUGUGACCAGGCUGAGGAAAGAGAGGGGGUACCAUUUCAGUAUCUGGGGACAUCAGGACUGAGGAGGGCUUUGAAGUGAGGGGUAUCCUGAUACAGAAACUUCCCCCUUUCUUACGGGUGCAUGUGUGUCUGUGUUUCUGGGUGUGGAGUGAUGGAGAGCUGGCCCUGACCCUCUCCCCACCUCCCGUUUCCAGCUUCCUGGAGGGAGGGGCAAAGUCAUGUGGGUGGGUGGGGCCAGGGGGAGAUGGAAUCCUCAGCUUCCCCCUCAUAUCAGAUCUCUCACACUUGCCAAGCAGAAGAUGAGCCACUGGUCCCUCAGAGACACACUUUAGGAGAAAACUCCCAGAUAACCAAGAAGUGACCCCCUGUUCCCAGCCCACUCACCCACGUCAUCAUGGGACAGUGUCAUUCUGCAAAUGCUGAGGAUGCCCAAGAAUUUAGCGACGUGGAACGGGCCAUCGAAACUCUCAUCAAAAACUUUCAUCAGUAUUCAGUAGAGGGGAAGAAGGAGACGCUGACACCUUCUGAGCUUCGGGAUCUGGUCACCCAGCAGCUACCCCAUCUUAUGCCGGGCAGCUGUGGGCUGGAUGAGAAAAUCGCCAACUUGGGCAGCUGCAAUGACUCCAAGUUAGAGUUUGGAAGCUUCUGGGAACUAAUCGGAGAAGCAGCCAAGAGUGUGAAGCUAGAGAACUUGAGCCGGGGAAACUGAGCCUCCCCCACCACCACCCAGGAGUCUUGGGAAGGGGUGGGAAGGAGCCCCCCCAGAGACUAUAAACAUAAAAAUAAAAGUUUUUUUCUUCCCUAGCUCCCCACCCUAUUCCUCUCCUCCCUCCCCCAAGGUUUUGUGUAUAUCUUUCUCUCCUGCUGGGGGAUUCAUCCCACUGACUGCUCUAUAGGACUUUGGGAGGUGGAAUUGGGGUUCCCCCCACAGUAGGAGGUAUAGGAGGGGAACCAAGGUGGAGGGUCAGAUUUUUAAGGAAAAUGGCAUGAACUAGAGUGGAAAGGGCAUUCAGAAGGGGUUGGGGAUUGAUUUCAUUAAGGGAGGGACAGGCAUGGGAGCUAGGAGAUUGUAUAUGUGGUGCUAAAUGAGCUUUUGGCCCUCAUCCCCUUCUAAAGCGUAACUGUCCAGCCAGGUCCCUUUCUUUCUCCUCCUUUCCUUCUUCCCCUUCCUCUCCUCUUUCACCCACAUAUCCUAGGAUCCUAACCUUUCUAGUUUUUGCCCUUUUAGAAAAGGAAGGAGUGGGCAGAGGGGACAAUGGUUGAUCUGGGACUAGGGAAGGUGUCAUUUGAGGGUAGGGGGCUUGGUGCUUGGGGCAUUUGUGGAAUGAUGGUUAUUUUGUAACAU